AUGAGGCGUCUCCCAUUCCGCCUGGGCACCUGCUCCCCUGCAAGGGCUUGCGCGUCAAAAAGGAGCCCCGGGAAGAGUGAUUGGCAACGACGACACUUUUCCAGCCUCAAAUCUGAGAGCGAUGACCCCCUGAGAAUCCUCUUCUGUGGCACCGAUCGCUUCAGCGUGGCCUCGUUGGAAGCUCUCGACAGAUACUCCAAGACACCCGAGAGUAACAUCCUGUCCAUUGAUGUCGUGACGAAGACCGACAAGAGAGUCGGCCGCGGCCGCAAGCUCGUCAAGCCGCCAGCCAUCAAAACCGCAGCACAGGACCUGGGCCUCCCCAUCCACCAGAUCGAUACUUUCACGGGUUGGAGCCCGCCUGUGUUCAGCGACGCCGAUGAUCGGUCUUGCAACCUGAUUGUUGCCGUCUCUUUCGGGCUGUUGAUCCCGCCUCGCAUUCUGCAGACCGCAAAAUAUGGCGGUCUGAACGUCCAUCCCUCCAUGCUUCCAGACCUACGGGGCCCGGCGCCUAUUCAAUGGGCUAUCAUCACCGGACGGCGAAGAACCGGCGUGUCGCUGCAGACUCUUCACCCUACGCGGUUUGAUGAAGGGAUCGUCCUGGACCAGACGGCACGUCCAGGACUAGAUAUACCCGAACCAGACCAAAUCACAGCCGAAGAACUCACGAGCUAUCUGGCACCUAUAGGUGCUAAAAUGUUGGUCGAUGCGAUCCGGAAUCGCUUGUAUAUUCCGCCGUACAAUGCCAUCCAGUUGAGCAGUGUCCCGGGUGCAGAGUUAACACACGCCCCAAAAGUCACGAACGACAUUUGCGCCAUUGACUUUGAGGCGCUCACGAAAUCUGAGGUUCUACGGCGAAACCGUGCGCUUCAAUCCCUCCAUAGCUUUGCGAGACUCGGUUCUGAGCAGAAUCAGGUGUUUCGUAUCAAUUUCGGAGCGGACAUGAGGGAUAUGAGGGAUGGGGACAUUCCAGAAGAAGUUAGAGCCGUAGCGGGAUCCAUUCCCGCUGGUGUCCCCUACGCAAUUGUUGCGGCGCACGAGAAUGUUAACGAGAGUUCGGAACCUUUGAUCGUCAACGCGCUGUCGGACGAGAAUGGAGAAAAUUGUCAUGUUGUCAUUCCGACAAUCACUGUCUCGUCGAGGGCAAAAGGCCCAGGUGCAGGAGCGGCCGCUCGCGCAAAAUUCUUUUCAAUGCCCGCGGUCUUUGGCCAGUAUAAGUUGUAUCGCUUCUCCCACCCUGUCUCUGGAAUACCGGGCCAUUCGUGGAAAUGA